CAGAACAAAGACGACGACACAGCACGAGACGUCGUUUUUUCUAUUUUGUACGGUAUUGAGGGUAGCUCUAGUAACACUAAGGACUAUGGACAAACAAGAGAUCACCGAGCUAGAAAUGCUGCGAUUCAAGGCGGAUGAGAAGGCCGACGAGUCGCUGGAGAGCACACGUCGUAUGCUGCAUCUCUGCGAAGAAGCGCAAGGCGUCGCAAUCAAGACCAUCAUUCGAUUGGACCAGCAAGGAGAACAGUUGGACAGCGUGGAAGAACAGAUGGACAGGAUAAACGCCGAUCUCAAAGAAGCCGAAAAGAAUCUCAGAACUAUGAAGAGGUGCUGCGGUGGGAUAUGUCCACGACUUCCACGUCUACGUGGAGACAAGAAGUACCCAGAGAAUGCAUGGAAGGGUGAAGAACCAGAUGUGAAUGUUAUUGAAGAUCAACCAGGACGUUCAGCGCAUAUCUCGGACGGCUACGUGGCCAAGAUCACGAAUGAUGACCGUGAAACUGAAAUGGACGACAACAUGGGACAGGUGUCUCAAGUCAUUGGACACCUGAAGAACUUGGCUAUUGAUAUGGGAACCGAGAUCCAAGAGCAGAAUAGGCAGUUGGAUCGACUUAAUUUCAAGGGGGAAUACGGCAUGCAACACGUUCAUGAAGCCAACCAACAGGCAACGAAUCUGUUGAAGAAAUGAGUACGUUCCAUUUUUAUGCACGCAACGAAUGAAUGCCGUCAGUCUCUCUCCUGUAGUGAGUGUCUUCAAAAUGAGUGCUGGACAUGAGUUUUGGUUCAACAUGUGGGCCCUCAUGAUUAUUAUUAAACUGCACGACAUACUGCGCCUCAUCAGCAGAAAAGCCUACAUUCCAGAGCCACUAAUGCAGCUUCCUUAGUUUGCAAAGGUAUUAAGGACCAGUGGUGUGUUACAUCGCCUUUGUUGGCUAUGUGCGGUCGUUAGAAUAGCCAAACAUGUGAAAUACGUCAUUUCGCAGGAACGUAUCUUCAUGGAUCACCACAAAGCGUGCGAUAGAUGUGUGCAAGGUUUUGAUACCGAAACAUUGCAAACUUUAAAAUCUGUCAAUCGAAAAAUGUACCUGUAGUGUUUUACUACUUGGUUUCUUCCGAUUCCCGAGUUACACAGCCAGACACCACCCAUGCCACGUUAUCCAACAGCAUUUAUUACUCUUUCAGAUAUUACUCUUUCAGGAGCAGGUUACGGAAACGUGCUCGGGUGGUAGAUGAUUUCGCAUAUGUGUACUAGUGGGGCAACAGAUGGCUUUUCCUAUAUUUCAAUUAUGAAUAAACUAUUUUUGAAUAUUUUU